GCACCAUCUUCUGCGUCUCGGCCGCCCUCGACGAGCAGUGCGCCUACGAGACCUCCGAGGGAGGCGUCUGCACCCGCGCCUUCCUCGGUGCGUACAGGAAGGGCCAGCCGCCCGGACAGGCGGGCGGCAUCUGCGAGUCGCUCCUCAACUGCCUGACGGGUGAGACGUCGGCGACGCGCAGCAUCGAGAUCGGAAACAAGCAGGACAAGGGCCAGAUCCCGCCGUCCAAGCCCUGCACCGCGGCCGGCAAGAUCUUGCCGCAGCCCACAAAGGACUACGUUAAGUCGAUCCGCGAGAAGAACGGCUACGUUGCGCAGCUCUGA